AUGAAUCCAUUAAAAUGCGCCUUUGGGGUAUCGGCAGGGAAUUUCUUGGGUUUCUUGGUUCACCAGCGGGGGGUAGAGGUAGAUAAGAAUAAAGCAAAAGCGAUAAUCAAUGCUGAACCACCAAAAACCAAGAAACAGCUACAGCGGUUGAUCGGACAAAUAAACUUCCUGAGGCGCUUUAUUUCAAACACAGCAAGCCGAUUACGCAGUUGGAGCGUGUUGUUAAAGGGAAAUGAUAAUGACCAGUUUGUAUGGACCCCUGAACAACAACAAGUGUUUGACGAGCUAAAAGCAUACUUAGUGAAGCCGCCGAUUAUGAGGCCACCAAAGCCGAAUCAGCCUUUGUUACUGUAUAUAUCAGCAGCUUCCCAAUCUUUGGGAUGUAUGCUUGCACAGGAAGACCAAGGCGUUGAAAUAUCGGUCUACUAUCUCAGCAGAGCCUUGACCGAUACUGAAACACGAUACACGGACAUCGAAAAACUGUGCCUUUGUUUGUAUUUCACUUGCUGUAAGUUGAGAUAUUACAUGUUGCCAGUGGUGGUUUAUGUCCUAGCACAAACUGACAUCAUAAAAUACAUUCUAUCCCGACCGUAUCUCAGAAAUCGGAUGGGAAAGUGGGCAGUGGCAAUGUCAGAAUUCACGCUCGUGUAUGUGCCUCAGAAAGCAGUUAAAGGACAGGUCCUUGCCGAUUUUCUUUCAGAUCACCCAGGAGUCAACAUAAAAGAGGGAAUCGGCUGCAUGGAACUACAUCCUUGGAAAUUAUGGUUUGACGGAUCAAGAACAGAAAAGGGUGCCGGAGCAGGAAUCGUCAUCAUCUCGCCCUCGGGGGCACGGUUUACAAUGUCUUGUUCUUUGGCGUUCAAGUGUACCAACAACCAAGCCGAGUAUGAAGCUCUCAUUUUAGGUUUGGAGAUCUUAAUGGAGCUGGGGGCAAAAUCGAUCCAAGUCUGGGGUGAUUCACUAUUGGUAAUAAAACAAGUCUCUGGAGAAUACAAGUGCGAGUCGGAACUCUUAAUCCGAUAUUGCAACAAAGCUAAGCAUCUUAUUGGUGGUUUCUCGGAUACAUGGUUAGAAUACACGGAGAGAAGCGACAAUAUGGAGGCAAAUGAUCUCUCCCAACACGGUAGCGGUUAUAAGCCUUGCUAUGAGUAUGAGGCGAUCCGGCGAGAUACGCCAAACUUGAUAACAAGAGACGAUGCGGUAUAUGAGGCAACCCAAUCCGUGUACCAGUUGGAUUUUUCGACAGAUUGGAGGAAAGAGAUAACUAAAUGGUUUGAAUCGCCAGAUAUGUCCAAUAGAAGAUUACGAACUCUGGCUUUAAAUUAUAUAGUCCUGGCCGAUGAGUUGUACAAAAAGGGGAGCGACGGUUUGCUGUUUAGAUGCGUCGGCCCAAAAGAAGCGAUGUUGGUCAUGGCCGAGGUACACGAGGGUAUCGCCGGUGCCCAUCAGGCUGGUCCGCGAAUGCGAUGGCUUAUCCAUAAAUACGGGUUCUAUUGGCCCAAAAUGGAGCAAGAUUGUAUCCGAUACUCCCAAGGGUGUGAGGCAUGCCAAAAGUGCGGUCCCGUACAGCACGUUCCUGCCGAGACGCUACAUUCGAUAGUUAAGCCUUGGCCGUUCCGGGGAUGGGCUGUGGAUUUAAUCGGCAAAAUAUACCCAUCAUCGUCAAAAGGACACACGUUUGUGAUUGUCGCAACCGAUUACUAUUCUAAAUGGGUUGAAGCCAUUCCAUUGAAAUCACCAAGUCAAGAAUCGGUCAUAAAGUUCUUCAAAGAAUAUAUUAUCCUUAGGCACGGUUUGCCAGAAACUAUUACCACGGACCAAGGAACUAUGUUCACCGGAGGCGAAAUAACCGAUUAUGCAAAAGAGAUGGGCUUCAAGAUGAUACGUUCGACCCCGUAUUACGCACAAGCAAAUGGCCAAGCCGAGGCGACAAACAAGGCGAUUAAGGGUAUUAUUCAGAAGAUGAUAGAAGACAACCCGAAACAAUGGCAUCAGUUGUUAACAGAGGCCGUGUGGGCAAAUCGCACGAGCCAAAAAUCGGCUACGGGCACUACACCUUUCAAACUCGUGUAUGGAUAUGACGCAAUGUUGCCAAUGGAGUUGACGGUAGCAUCUACGAGGCGAAAGAUGCAGCACGUCUUGACAAAAGCCGAUUAUCAUGACAAAAUGGUUCUCGAAGCUUUAGACUUAGAUGAAGAGCGAUUAUUGGCACUCGACCACUUAGAAGCUCAGAAGAAGAGAGUGGAGCGAGUUUAUAACAAACGGGUCAAAAGUAAAAGUUUCCAAAUGGACCAGCUCGUCUGGAAAGUCAUUCUUCCCAUCGGGGCGAAAAAAGAAGGACUAGGGAAAUGGUCCCCAAACUGGGAAGGACCUUACAAAAUCGUUCGAGUCCUAGGAAAUGGUGCAUAUAUACUUGCUGACAUAGAUGGUCGAGCUCAUGAUCGGGCCAUAAACGCACAAUACUUGAAGAAGUACGUCCCGAGUUGUUGGGAAGGGAUUGAUAAACGUAUUUUCGAGGAGUGA